AUGGCGGCAGAGUCUCCCAGAUGUUCGCUGCCAGAAUUGUAUGCACUUCUAAAGAAUUUUAAUAAGGAGAGCAAGAAAUCAAAUCUCCUAAAAAUUCACGGUAUUUCACCUAGGGAAGCACAGAAAAUACUUAGUCAAAACCUGAAUGCCAUGUCGUUCCCCAGCGGAACUGAUGUGAGAGGAGAAGCCCCCCAACCUGUUUUCAGAAAAACAAUUCUUGGAUCUACGGGAUCUGGAAUGGAGAUAUUAUAAGGGGAUUGUGAAGUGGAAGCACACGAUUUCAGAUUCAUCUAUAGACAUAAAAUACAACAGUGAGAAGAGAUUUGUAGAGAGCCAGGAGAUGCCUGAUGUUAUUUUCCCCCCUCUAGUUCAUAGGUCUUUGGUUAUUUAUCCUCAAGUUGAUUAUCCAAAAAAUCUAACUUCUUCUUAAAUGGAAUAGGUAGUUUAUUAAAAUAUCUGGGCUGUAGAUUUUGCUUUUGAGAGCAUUAAAUUUACGCAUGAAAAAUAAAGCAGCAGAAGCACCAUGGAACAUAGGAACUGAAUCUGCACAAUAUGCAUGUAAGGUCCAAAAUUAAAUCAUUAACAUGCAGUAAAAGAUCCAAAUUGAUCUGCUAAUAUAAGACCUGGUUUGGACUUGUGAAAUCCAUCUGGACCAAGACUGAGGCAAAUAUAGGUCAUGUGAAAAGAAAGGGUGCAUAUGAAGGAGAACUCUCAAGCAAGAAUAGCUCUAAAAAAAAAUUUAAGCACAUAAAGAAGUCCAUUAUCAUAAAAAUAGUUGGUAAAUUCAACAAAUGGAAGCAUUAACAUCUGAGGAUGUAGAGAUCAAUAUGUUAGCUGCUCAAAGACAUGAGGAAGGAAGUGGCAUCUUUGGAACAAGAACAGGAAGAUUUGGAAAAGGACAAACUGGAAAUCUUGCACGUGAAAAAUAUAGCCAUUGAAAAUAAAAUAAUAAUAAUCCUCAAUAAAUUACCUCAAUGGUAUAUUGGAUAUAUCUGAAGAGAAAGGAUUGAGUUGGAAGACAGAACUGAGAGAGAAGCUUCUAGAUCAUAGCACAGUAAGAUAAAGGAGGAAAUUAUGAAAAAAGUUAAGGGUAAUGGAGAGUAGAAUGAAAAGUUCAGAAAUAUAUCCAAUGGAAGUUGCAGAAAACAAUAAGGAGAAUGGAAAAGAGAUGAUUUUUGAAAAUAAAAUAAAAUGAUUGAUAAUUUUCCAGAAUUAAGGAAACACAUAAAACCCUGAAUUGAAAAAUCUCACUGAGUGAUUAGCAAGAAAGUAAAAAUAAAUCUAUAUCUAGAAGCAAAACUGCAGAGGAUUGAGCAAGAAAGUAAAAUUAAUCUACAAAAGAGAGAAUAUGGAUUACAUGCAAAGAAAUGACAAAUCGACAGUGGAACUUUCAUUAACAAUAGAUGUCAGAAGGUGAUGGUGUCAUGUACUCAAAAUGCUGAGGGAAAACAACUGUCAAUCUGGAAUUCUCUAACCAGCCAAAUUCUCUUUAAAGAAUUGAGUAAAAUAAAUACAUUUUAAAACAUAUAAGAGCCAAAAUUGUUUACUACCCACAAUCCCUUACUGAAAAAAUUGCAGUAAAGUAUGUACUUUUAGCAAGAACCCAGAGGGAGUUCAAGAAAUAAUGA